AUGUUCGGCGAACGUCUGGUGAUUCCGUCGAAUUUCCGAAAGCGCUGUUUACAUCAUUUGCACCGAGGUCACCCAGGAAUACAGCGGAUGAAGGCGAUUGCUCGUAGCUAUGUUUACUGGCCAUCGUUAGAUGAAGACAUCGUAGCUCAUGUUAAUUCCUGUCAUCAUUGUGCAGCAGUUGCUAAAAGCCCAGCCAAGUCCGAGCCGCUAUCAUGGCCAAAAUCAACGUAUCCAUGGCAACGUGUACACGUGGACUACGCCAGUCCAAUCGAAGGAGAAUACUUCUUGUUAAGCGUCGACGCCCACUCCAAGUGGGUUGAAAUAGUGAAAACCAAGUCAACCACUACUUCAACCACGAUCGGCAUUCUUCGCAGCCUUUUUGCCCGCUUUGGUAUGCCGGAAACAUUAGUUAGCGACAAUGGUUCACAGUUCGCUAGCGCAGAUUUCAGACGGUAUUAUUUGGAAAACGGUGUACAACACAUCACCACAGCACCGUAUCAUCCACAGUCAAAUGGACAAGCAGAGAGGUUUGUGGACAUCUUCAAAAGAUCCGUGAAGAAAAUCCGAGAGGGGAAAAGAACAAUACAGGAAGCGUUAGACGUUUUCUUGUUGACCUAUCGCACUACGCCAAAUCCAGCAACACCAGAAGGUAAAUCACCAUCGGAAGCAAUGUUUGGACGCAAAAUUCGCACGAGCUUAGACUUGCUUCGCCCGACAACCAUUCCAACAGUAGUGUGCAGUGAAGAAACAAAGACUAGGCGGACACCAUUCAAGAAAGGCGAUUUAGUAUAUGCUAAGAUCUACUCAAGUAACCAGUGGAGAUGGGCGUCCGGAGUUGUUUUGGAACCAAUUGGACGUGUUAUGUUCAACGUGUGGGUGGAAGAUAAGCGUAUGGUUCAUGCACAUCUAAACCAGCUUCGAACUCGUUCCAACUGUAAUAACUCCUCAACGAAGCUUGGUAAGCGUGAUGUUAAUUUGCCUUUGGAUAUUCUGCUCAGCGCCUGGAAUUUGUCAGAACCAAUAUACUGUUCAAACCCGGUGACAACACCUCCGCUACCAUCAUUGUCCAAGUUGAACGCAACAUCUAUAUCGUCAUCGACAAUGCCUGGAUUUUCGUCCGAACAUUCAACGCAGUUGCAACCUGCAUCAGUAUCAGAGCCUGCACAAGUGUGGGUGUCACCAGAAGCGUCUUCGUCUAAGCCUACAUCAUCCUCCAUGCCAAGCUCUGUAACGUCGUCGUCAGCAGAGUUCCUAUCAGCCAAUGAACAAACUACAGCUGUCCAGGUACCUCGUCGCUCUUCCCGUGCUAGAAGACCGCCGGUACGGUUUGAUCCCUAUCAGCUGUAUUGA